AUGCAAAUCAAAAGACAUUAUAUGGUGGCUUAGCAUGCAACAGAGAACUACAGAAGGUUUAGCUUAUCUUUGUAUUUAUAUACUUCGUUACUGGCAAAAGACUUGGGACUGCAAUAAGAAAUUUUUCUUAAGGUGGAGGUGACACUUGAACCGAGCAGCAGAAGUAUUUGUUAUCAUCCAUCAAAUAAUCCAAGCUAGCUCCCGUGGCGGCAAGGCAAAACUUAUUGACUUUAAGGUUCGAGUACCCGCUAAUGUCUUGUUUCUUCACUUUCAAAAUCUUCAAAAACCCCAAUGGAUUCUCUCGGCAUUCACUCGUUUCCUUUCGCGACCAAUCCAUUUCUAGAGCCAUCACGUCCAAAAUCUCCAGCAGUGAGCUCUCUUUCACCACCACUUACCUCAUAAACACUUGCGGAUUGGCUCCGGAAUCUGCCAUUUCCGUCUCGCAGAAGCUCCAUCUCGAGUAGCCAAGUAGACCCGACUUGGUUUUGAACCUUCUCAGAAACCACGGAUUCUCCAAAACCCAGAUUGCAAAUCUCGUCAGAAGACGUCCUGACCUCCUUUUAGCUAAUCCUAAGGCUACCCUUUUGCCAAAGCUUGAGUUUUUCUACUCCAUAGGGUUCUCACAGUCGGACCUUGCAAAAACCCUAGCUUUAGACCCAACUCUUUUGUCGAGAAGCUUAGACAACCAGAUUAUCCCAUCUUACAAUUUUCUCAAGACUGUGGUUUUGUCCGACGACAAGAUUGUUUCUGCUUUAAAGCGCACCACAUGGAUUUUCCUCAAGGAUUAUAAGACAACCCUUGUCCCCAAUAUCAGUUUCUUGACAGAAAUGGGUGUUCCCCAAAAGAGUGUUACUCUAUUGCUUGCUCAUUUCCCAGAGACCAUGAUGCAGAAACAUGAAGAGUUCUGUAGGACUGUAAUGGAGGUUGCAGAAAUGGGAUUUCACCCUAAAAAAACCGUUUUUGUGCUAGCAGUACACGCCAUUUCAGGUAAAGGUAACAAGUCCAUAUGGGAAAGAUGCUUUGAGGUUUACAGGAAGUGGGGUUGGCCUAAGGAUGAUAUUCUUGAAGCUUUCAGAAGGCAUCCCCACUGUAUAAUGUUGUCAGAGGAGAAGAUCAACAAGAACAUGGAAUUCUUGGUGAAGAAGAUGGGUUGGCCGUCAAAAAUGAUUGUCCGGCUUCCUGUUGUGUUGUUUUUCAGCUUGGAGAAGAGAAUAGUACCCAGGUGCUCUGUUGUUCAGGUCUUGUUGUCUAAGGGCUUAGUUAAGGAAGAUUUAAGCUUGGCUACUGUGUUAUUAUUGCCUGUAGAGAAGUUGUUCUUGGAGAGAUUUGUAGCUAGGUAUAAGAAGGAAGUACCUGGCUUGUUGGAUGUCUAUCAAGGAAAGAUAGCUGCUUCAGAGAUCUGAUGUGUUUUGCUAGAAAAGACAAUAUAGUAUAUAGAACAUAUCCUUUUUAUACAUCACCAGUUACUUUUUUCUCAAAUUUUCUUCAAAAAGUUAAAAUAUUUGACUGGAAAUCUUAAAGGGUUAUGCCAAAUUUGGGGAGGUACCUUUUUGGCAUACAGGAAGGUAGAUCCUUGUAAAUUGUUAUUUGUUUUGGUAGAAAAGUUAAAUGUACCAUUGUUAUUUUCCUUAGGGAUGAACUUAAAAGUUGCAUUCAGGAUUUUGUGGCCAAAUUCUCUGCUGGUACCUGUAGAGAAGCUGUUCCUGGAGAGAUUUGUGGCCAUAUUUAAGACAGAAGUAGCUCAGUUGCUGGAUUUGUACCCAAGGAAAGAUAGAUCUUUUAGGAAAUUUUUGGUGUUUUGGUAGAAAAUAAACUGGUAGGUUAAAACGACUUAUCGAACUAUCUUGAGUUUAUGAAGAAUCAGCGCGCUAUCCAUCUGUUAAAGAGAA